AUGGUAACCAGGACGCCUGACGUCGGUUCCCGUUACGCGGUGGCGUCACGAAAGCCGCACGUCUCUCUGAGUAGCAACCGAGAUGUUACCGAAAAGCUGAACAUGGGAGGCAGUGGGGACGGCGAACGGCCUGCCGGCAGAACAGCCGCCAGAGUCCCGUCUGUCCCGAGAUACGGAAUAUCCAGUCCCUUCAAAGGCCAUUUAAGUACAAAAAGCAACGCGUUUUGCAUCGGCCCGAAUACCAGGCUGAGCGAUCAGUACCGGGUCCGAGACCAGAUGCUGGCCCAUUACAACAAGAUCCUGUCGGCAAAAGCUGCCGUUGACUGUUCCCCUCCAGAGAGCUUGUUCAAGAGUAUUAAAUACAGCGACCAGCAGAGGAGGGAGAGGAUGAAGAGAGCCGUGACGCGUUUCGAGAGAGAGUCCCUGCGCUCCAGGUCCGAAUCUCUCCCGGCGUCCAUGGAGAGUCCGAGUUCUCUGCUCCCCAGGAAGGAUUUUUAUUACGGGCCCCGGAACGCAGCGCCCUCGCCGUACUCUGACCCGGGACUGAUGUGCUGCGCGAAGCCUCCGGAACUCGGAACGGCAUUCAGAGCGUCGCGCGGAACCUCCGGCUCCUCGUCGGGCUCCAGCGACCCAAAGACGUUCCGCAGGUUUCAGGACAAUCAGAAGAAAACCUACAGCGGGGAUUUACUAGAGAAACACCCCAAGAAAUUCAACGGCGCGUCUCGCCCGUUCACCCCGCGCACGUUGAAGACAGAGGCCAAAUCGGCGCUCGCUCAGUACCGCUAUUAUACCCCGCCGAGGCGGAAAAAGAGAGGUCCGGCGAACGAGGUGGAGACCCAAACCGAGCCUGACAGCUGCCGGGAUGGAAUCACAUCAAGGGCUCGCGAUUCUCCCACAGGCCGAGGCGAGGUAGGACGAGAUGUCUACACGGACUAUGAAGAGACGGACUGGGACCCCCGCUCUCCGUCCCGGUCUUCUUCCAGCGACCUUUACUCCCCAUCCCCUACGAUGCAGAAGAUCCGUUCCGAAGAAGAGGAACUUUCGUAUCUGAAGUUUGUCACCGACGUGACCAGCGAGAUCCUGGCUCUGGGGCUCUUCUCGGACAGAGUUUUGAACCGAGUGUUUGAACGGCACAUCCAAGAGAACAGAGAUUAUCUGGAUGAGAGGAAGAUGAGGCGAGUGUUGGAGACCCUCAGGAAGGAUCUGGAUGAGGGGCACGAGUUCCGGGAAGAGUCAGCCGGAGGUCGCUCUGAGACGGCGGAGGGUUUCCGGGAGAGAUGUUACGUUCCCGAAAACUCCUUCCGAGAAACCGUCUCUCAGCGGCAGGACAGGACUUACGAGAGCGACGGCGAAUCGGACCCUGAUCUUCAAGGGGAACCUCCGCGAUCGUCGCUGGAAUGGUCCGAGGCCCCCGAGGAUUCUCUCGGGGAUGACCCAGGUUGCGCCUCCUUUGACAAACCUGACGCCGAAUCGGUCACGUCGGAGCCCAUCGGCCCCUCAGAGACAGCGGAGGACCUUCACAGGCUGGAGAGGCGCUUCACAGACGUGGUUCGGGUGACGGCGGCAGAAGAGUCGCUUGACGCAGGGAAUGUGGAGGGUGCCGGGGCGGCAGAGGAUUGACCGCUGGUAGCCGGAAACGGGUUAUCCUGUAUGCUGCUUAUCUCAUGUACGGGUAUUACAAUGGGGUUUAACCCAAAGCGUGCCAGAGAGGGGACACAACGCCGGAGUCACGCUCUGGUCCUUAAGUGGUUAACCACAUGAAAAAAAAAAAUGUAACUGUAGGAUCCCAAAAGGGGCAAUUAAUGCCGGAUUUCCCCCCAGCCUGUUCACAGCAGACCCUUGUGAGUAGUAGCGGUUAAAGCCCGUCAGAUACCCCGGUCUCAUCAGCUUCACUCGUUUGUACCCC